CAUUUAGUUAUUGUUAAUGUUUAUGUAUUUGCUAAAAUGGCAAAAAUUCCCCAAAGUCGGAAAGACUUCUUAAAAGAGGCAGAGAAAAGUGGAAAUGCAGAUACAAUUUCACAGUUGAUGGGGUUGUAUUUCGUUGUUGUUCUAGCCAUUUCAACAUCAUGGGUUUUAGGGACUUUACAGAUGGCAUUUUACUGGACAUUUCUUCUCUUUGGGGUAAUUUUUGUUGUGUGGAGAACUAAAUUAAGGCAGAUAUUGAGAAAUAAGAUAUUUGCAGUGGAAUGUCUUAUUCACAGAAAAAGGGCAUUGCGUCAAGAUGAAUCGAGUGAGUGGCUGAACUUCAUUUUAAAUAGAUGGUGGGUUUUUGCAUCCAGUAGUAUCCAGGACAUUGUAAAGAAACACAUCAAUGAUCGCUUGGUGUCCAUCAAGCCAGGAUUCAUUUCUCAAUUACAUCUAUCUGCAUUCACAUUUGGGGAAACCACUCCUACAGUCCAACAUAUAAAGGCUUUCGAGCUGACCGAUGGACCCCCCUUUGGUCGUCGACCCAUUGCAUGGAGUUCUAUUUGGAGCCCACCCCCGGGGCUUGAGAACAUGUCCUCCUAUCAGGUAGUACUGGAGCUGGACCUACAAUCCCAUCUAGAGGAUUUUCUUAUGAUGUUUGUGGCCAAAGUGGGCAGUGGGAGGGCUGGACUGAACUUUGAUGUUGCUGUGGAGGGGCUGUCAAUAAAUGGAAAUCUACAGCUUAUAUGUAACAUGUCUAUGGACGUACCAUUUCCUCAUGUUUCGAAAGUCACUGCAUCCUUCAGAGAAAAGCCAGAUGUCUGGUUUAAUGUUAAGGUUUUGAAGUCAUUACAAAUUAUGGAGGUUCCAUUACUGAAAUCCUGGAUUCAGGCAAACAUUGAUGAUGGGAUUACUAAAGCUUUGGUUGAUCCUGGUAAAAUUGAUAUUCCCAUUGUGAAAUAUGCAGGGCCUUUAAGACAAAAAACACAACCAAAUUCACAGUCCAAAAAGCUAGCACAAGGAGUUCUGACUAUUUCACUUAAAGGAGAUGCUUUUCAAAGUGAAGACAAGAGUGCGGUCCUGUACACAAUGUUGAGAAUUGGAGACCUGAAGAGACAGACAGCUGAUCACCUGUGUACAGAUGACUGGACAGACACCAGCUCUUUCUUUGUCUACAAUAUCAGUAAAGACUCUUUGGUGGUAAAGAACAAGUGCCGUCGACUGCUAUCUAAUGUGACGUUGGACAGACAUGACCUGGAGUUGUCAUCAUUCCCUCUAGAAGUCAAACCAGUAGCUACAACCACCCUGGAGAAUAAGAAUGGGAGUAAGCUGGAGGUAAAGAUGAGGUACACUGAGCUCCCCCCGAUCUGUCUGGAUCCAGGAGUGGACACAGAUCCAGUUGAUAAUCCAGAAGUGGCUGGUGUGAUGUACAUCUGUGUACACAGUGCUACCAAAGUAAUGGCCUCAGAUUAUGGAGGGUUUUCUGAUCCCUACUGUGUGGUCUUCUCAGAUAGGAGGAGGGUUUUGACAACUCCAUACAUCCUGAAAACCGUCAAUCCAACAUGGGAGUCCUCAGUAGAGUUCUUUGUUCAGGAUUUUACCAAGACACCUUUAUCUUUCUAUGUGUAUGAUUGGGAUGGAUCCAAUAUCAUUGAUGAUGACUUUCUAGGAUCAGCACAUUUUGCUUUCAAAGAGGACCAGCAUGCAGUGAUCAAGGAGAACUUAGUGUUGGGACACCAAGAUCCCACUAAGGGUAUUGUACAAAGUGCAGAGUAUGGAUAUUUGACAGUUUCCAUCGUAUUUAGACCAGUAUCAUCUGUCAGAAAGUCAGAAAAGUUCAGAGUUGCCAGUACCAGUGGCACAAACUAUUUGUACCAGGAGGAUCGUGUGUCCCCCUCAUCAGUGUCGGCAACUCGCCUCUCUGUGAGUGAACUCACUAGUGAGAAUGUUCAGGGGGGUGGACCUGACAGUGACACAGUUCUUAAUUCAGCAUCUAUGGCAGGAGGCAUGAUCGAGGAUAAGACAUUUGUAGAUUUAACAGUCUUGCAAGCCAAAGAUCUAAUGCCUGCUGACCGUAAUGGACUGAGUGAUCCUUACUGUAGUGUUUUGAUGGGGAGUAAGAAGGUGUUCAAAACUUCAGUGAAGAAAAACACACUUUUCCCAAAAUGGAAUGAGAGUACUUCCUUCCAAGUGCUUGAAGACAACCACUUACUGGAGAUUUUUGUAUAUGACAAGGACAUGAUUUCAAAAGAUUUUCUUGGCAAAGUCAUCUUAACAAUUGAUAAACUAAAAGAAAUUUCUCAUAAGGGUACAGCUGAAUGGAUUCCUUUACAGAGGACAAAGUCUGGACAAAUUCAGAUCAAAUGUACUGUGACAUGUACAAGCUCCCUGGAACCAGUCAAGAAGUCACGUUCUUUGAGGCGGAGCGGUUAUCAGAACUCUGCAAAGAAUAACAAUGAUGUCUUCUUACCAGUUGUGGACACAGUACAUGAAUCUGAUAAAGGGGAGUUAUCCUCAGGGCAGGAUUCAAUGAGUCCGCUACCCCCAGACAGUGUGAAUGGAAGCUCUCCCAAAUCCUCAGAGGGACAUAUUUCCCCAACAAGAGAGGAAAAAUCUUUCAGUCCCACUGACAUACAGAUUAUUCCAGAAAAAGUGCAACCAGUGACCUUUACCCCUUCAGCUAACCAGCUUACUGUGAACCCUGAAGUUAGGUUAAGGAGGUCAGCCUCAGAUGUCAAUGUUAGCAAGAAGACAGAAAAACAGACAAAAAGCUUCUCAGGGAUGCCAACGUCUUCAACUCUAAAACAUACAGACUCAAGCAACUCCAUAUCAGCAUUGAAUCAUGGUGAUACCAUCUCUAUAGUGACAACUGAAGCUACCCCAGAGAAUCGUAAGAAAAAUUCCACUGUGCCAGGUCAUGAGAAGCUUUACAAUGUGUCUGGGAAGAUUCUUGAGGUCAGUGGACUGAAACAGAGUUCAGGGAAUAUUUACAUCAAGGUCCGUCUGGAACACUCGGGAAGCAGACUGAGAUUUAUUCACCAUGGGCGUGUGAUUGCCAAGUCCUAUCUGUUCCCUGUCAGUGCCUCUGCUCUCAAUCAGCCAUUUGAGGUGGACCGUGGUGCAGGUGUCAGUGUGAACACACACCUUAUCUUUGACAUCAAGAGUGAAAACAAAGACCAUCUGGCUCAGAAAUCCUUUAGUUUAAAGGAGUUGUUCUCAGAUUAUGUGGAAGGAGGGAUGGAGAAAUGGCUGCAGCUUUCAGACAAGGCAGAAAUAAAGGUGUUUCUGACUCAGGGAAAGCCAAAUCCCCGUCUUGUGAAGAAACACAGCGGAAUAGGGAAAUCCUUGUCCUUCAGAAAAUGAAAAUACAAUAAAACUUCUCAAAGGACAGUAUGUGUGUUCUAAUUAGUAAUUGUAAUCCAAUUAGAUUAGAUUUUUUCCCCCUUUUUUAAGAUUUACUUUCAAUUGACAUAUAAUUUAGACGUGGGACACAAAGGUGUUUUUAUUGUGCAAUUUAUGAAAUCAUAUUCUUUAUAAUUCCUGUAAGCGUUUAUUCCUGGUACAUGUGUAAAAUUAUAAUAUACAAGCACAGUAUAUGGUGUUUGCUGCCAUAUUCAAAUUUUCCAGAAAAAAUGACUCUCCUUGUUAUUUGUUUACCUCAUUGGACAUUUUUGAAAUCAUGUGUAUGUUCCUAGUGCUGUAUGAUGUACAACUAAUAUAUACAUGUACUGUGUAUAAAAUAGUGAAGGAGAAGAAUGUUAUGUCUAUCUUUGUUUUAGUCAGUUGUGCAUAUUUGAUCAAUUUUGUAAAAAAGACUAUUUAUAUUUUAUACACAGAUCUGUGAUUAAUAGAUUUAGUGUGCUACAACAUGUGUCACAUCAAAUGUAAGAGUGUUGGGAGCAGAUGCAUUUUCUAAAUCAGCCAGGUGCCAUUCUAAUUCAUUUUUACUAUAUUGUUUGCUGAAUUUACACUGUGAUUCAAAGAAAACAGUUGCUAUUCCUUAUCUGUGAUAAAAUAUAUGACAGUAAUGAAUUACUGUAGAAUAAUAAUUCAAUUUAUUACAUUUUCAACAGUGAAAUACUGUGAUUUAUUCAUUGAAUAAAAGUGAUAUUCUCUCACAGUGUGAAAGGAUACCAAAGUGAUAUUCUCUCACAGUGUGAAAGGAUAUCAAAGUAAGUAAAAUAUAA